CCCGCGCACGCGCCCUGGUGACUAGCGGGGCGGAAACUGGACGCCCGAGCCCCAAGGCCGGGCAGGGGCUUGGGCUAAUCGCAGCCUGUGGCGGCUGCCUGUGUUUACUGUGAGGAAGAAGUUAAGCAGCCUGUGAGAGCAAGGAGGGAGGCCGGGAGGAGGAUGCGGCUUGGCCGGGGCGCCCGCUGCAGGAGCUCGCCGCCGCCUCAGCCUCGGCCCCCGGGGCCGCCGAGGGUCCGCCCGCCGCCCCGCGUGUCCGGCUAAAUUACUCAAGUUCGUGGGAUACUAUAGGAAUCUUAAGCCAAUAAGGUGGCAAUGUCUCGGGAACCUACUCCACCUCUGCCUGGAGAAAUGUCUCCUAGUCCUGUUGCAGAAAGCUGGUGCUACACACAGGUUAAAGUAGUGAAAUUUUCCUACAUGUGGACUAUUAAUAACUUCAGUUUUUGUCGAGAAGAAAUGGGUGAAGUGUUAAAGAGUUCAACAUUUUCUUCUGGCCCAAAUGAUAAAAUGAAAUGGUGCCUGAGGGUAAACCCAAAGGGAUUAGAUGAUGAAAGUAAAGACUACUUGUCCUUAUAUUUGCUGUUAGUCAACUGCCCAAAAAGUGAGGUUCGAGCAAAAUUCAAAUUUUCCCUUCUGAAUGCUAAAAGGGAAGAAACAAAAGCAAUGGAAAGCCAAAGAGCUUAUCGAUUUGUACAGGGAAAGGACUGGGGAUUUAAAAAAUUCAUUAGAAGGGAUUUUUUGCUUGAUGAAGCCAAUGGUCUCUUACCAGAUGACAAGCUUACAUUAUUCUGUGAGGUGAGUGUGGUUCAAGAUUCAGUAAAUGUAUCCGGACACACUAAUACAAACACUUUGAAGGUGCCAGAGUGUCGACUAGCAGAAGACUUAGGGAAUCUCUGGGAAAACACAAGAUUUACAGAUUGCUGCUUUUUUGUCAGAGGAAAAGAAUUCAAAGCUCAUAAGUCUGUGCUUGCAGCUCGGUCCCCAGUUUUUAAUGCAAUGUUUGAGCACGAAAUGGAAGAAUGCAAAAAGAAUCGAGUGGAAAUAAAUGAUUUAGAUCCCGAGGUUUUUAAAGAAAUGAUGAGAUUCGUUUACACAGGAAAAGCACCAAAUCUUGAUAAAAUGGCUGACAACUUGUUAGCAGCUGCAGACAAAUAUGCACUGGAACGGCUGAAGGUCAUGUGUGAAGAAGCUUUGUGUAGUAGCCUCUCAGUAGAAAAUGUUGCUGAUACCCUUGUCCUUGCAGAUUUGCACAGUGCAGAACAGUUGAAAGCCCAGGCAAUAGACUUUAUUAAUAGGUGCAGUGUGCUUCGACAACUUGGGUGUAAGGAUGGGAAAAACUGGAAUAACAACCAAGCAACCGACAUCAUGGAAACAUCAGGGUGGAAGUCCAUGAUUCAGUCUCACCCUCAUUUAGUGGCAGAAGCCUUCCGAGCACUAGCAUCUGCACAGUGUCCACAGUUUGGUAUUCCACGCAAAAGGCUAAAGCAGUCUUGAGUCUUCCAUGGACAGUAGGAAAAUUGAUUGCCUUUACUCCCCAGGUCCAGAAGGAUUCCAAUACAAACCAUAAGCAACAGUUGUUUCUGUCUCUUGUCCACAGAACAGAAGCUAGAAAAGCAUAUUGCUUGCUUCCAGGUGGAUAAAUUUAUGGUUUAUACUUCAGCUUUAAAUCAGACUGAUUAAUUCACUUUAAGGCCUUAAAUUAUCUUCAGUGACUUCUCUUGUUCGUAUAGUAGUUUAAUUUUUUUAUUGUGCCUUGCCAGUUUGCCAAGGCUAUGCAGGAUUGCACUAGCUCCACAAUGCAGUAAUAUUGAUAACUGAAGAUACUGAGUUUAAAAAGGAUCUUCCAUUAUUUUAGAAACAAAGGAAUUUCAUAGGUUGUGUUCUAUGCAGUCUCCAAGUUUAAAACUAGGUUCUCCUGGAUUUGGAGAUUGCCAGAGUUGGCUCUAGUCUCAGUUCUGUUGACAUUAAAGAGCCUGUUACUGUUGAGGUAAGGGAUGGCCAUACACUGCUCUGAUUAAUUUAUUUCAUUUUGUGGGGCAGAUAAGCAACCAGUUGGCCUAAUCUUUUCAUAAAAUUUUUGGGGUUUAUAUUAACUGCUCAAGAAACUGAGUUUAUGUUCAUUUUUAAUGAUUGAGAAAUGAUUUGAAGAUUUCAGUAAAAGCAUGGUUUUUGCUAAAGUUUUAAAUUUAUAAUGACUUACAUUUGAAAGAAUAAUUCAGUAAAUGUUAAAGUCAGGAUGACCAAAUGUACAUUUCAUGAGUGGGCCAAUUAGGAAAGAUACAUAUAUAUGUAUGUAUAUAUACAUACAUAUAUAUAUGUAUAUAUGCACUUUUAAUGUGUAAUUUUUCUAUGAUGAAUGGUACAUAUAUAUUUUCUUCCUUUUGAGGGGAUUAAUAAGGUAUAAUUAUGUUUUAGCAUUUAAAAAAGUUUAUAUGACACAUGGAGCCAACUUGGGUGUUUGUGAUAAAGAUAAAAAUAUGCUUGGUUAUACAUAAAUUGAUUUGGAUUUCAAAUAGUCAUUAUUGAAUUUAUUACUACUUCAUCACACCUUGGAAAAGGCACCUAACAACAAAUGAGCCCUAUAUAAUCUUCUUCCUUUUAAACAAUGGGUGAUAAUAUUUGCCUGUGGGAGAAGCAUGAGAAAGUAGAGAGCCCUCUGAAAGUGUACGGCCACACUAGGAAACUUUAUUUACCCUUGUUCUCUGCUUGGUGGCUCAGUUAGUAACUGUAGAUUGAUGAAAUUUUGCCUAAUGUGAACAGGAUAGGCAAUAUCAACUGUUUUUUAUGAGCCAGUUCUUUAUUAUGAGUUUAGCUUUAAACACACAAAUGUUUGGAGAGUAUUAGUUGUUGUGAGAUAUGUUCUGAUUCAUUGUCCUACAGAAGCAGAAGUGGCCAGUAUCAGAUCCUAUAUGACUGAAACAUGAUAGUGUGCUUCCUAGGUAAAGACAGACCAUGUUACUGGAAAAACAGGUGCAUAUGUGUGUAUGUGUGCAUAUAAAGCUUUAUUCCCCCGAUGACAAUUUUGUGUAAUUUGUUUAUUUAGUCUUAAAAUUCAGGACAAAAAAAAUUAAGUUUCUGGUUUUAAAAUAGACUUUAUUUUUACUAUACCUUUAUUGGAUGUUAACUGAAGCAGUGCUAAAAUACAUACAUUGCAAAAAUCUGUCAAGUAAGCAUAGUUCUCAAGAGCAAACAAGCAAAGAUUGUAUUUUUAAAUAUUUGAGAUUGAAUCUUUGUGUUGAAUUAAAAUGUAACAAAUUAUUUGUGAUAGAAGAAAGUGGGCUUCACCUUGUGUAAGAGGAUCAUGACAAGGAAAAAUUCCCUUAAUUUCAUCAUGAUGUGAAGCCUGUUACAUUAGCAUUAUACAAUUUUAAAAUAUGCACACACAUGCACACAAGCUUAUAUACAUACAUUUAUAUAUUUUUAAUAUAAUAGUUCCCCAUGGUCUUACUAAAACACAAAAGUUUCCACUGAGUUGUGAAUACAUUGUCACAUGUCAUAAAAACACUGGUCUGUAUACCACACAUUGUAAUCUGAUUCUCAUGAAUUUGGUCUACAUUUCUAAACACAGUGAAGUCAGUAGUAAUACCUGAUUUUAUUACAUGUAGUGGUCAUUGUUAAUGUUUGUUAAUAAUCUUAAGGAUUUUCUUAUAAAGAUUUUUGGUUUUAGUUUGUUUCUAUAUUUUUUACCCAAAAUGUCAAACAGUGAGUGAGCUCUAAAAAUAUCAAUGUUAUCUGAAAUGCCCACUUUUCUGAUGAUACAGUACCUACCAUUAUACAAUCAGAAUCAUACAAUGUUUAUUUUUUGUGUAUAUUUUAGUAGUGGUUCUUGAGUCAGUGAUAUUCUUAUCCCAGAGCAUAAUAUUGUUUUCCCCACCUACUUCCUGCAUUUUUAAACUAUGUAAAACUUGAUCCAAAUAAGUAUGAAUUCUGUCUGAUGCAAUCUCUGCCUUUUAAGUUAUCAGUUUGCUUCUGUUACCCUCCAGUCACCUAAAGAAAGCUCUCCUCAGAGCACAAUGAGUGGUUUUAAAUAUUACAAUUCAAAAAGGUAGCCAUUGGAAAACUGUUCUUUAGCCUGAGAUUUAGAAACACUGUUAUUUGUGCCUUUUUCAUUUGUUACUUUUAAUGUGUUUUGAUAUUUGGAGCACAAAUAUGAAGGUGCCAUAACAUGGCUUGCUGAUGUUACCUCCUUAAAUAUUUCUAUGUCACUGUCUUCAAAUAGUUAUUGGAGAACCUUGAAUGAAAUGUGGUUAUUUGUGUGAGGUAUGUAUGUGUUUGUAUCUAUAUUCCCUUGGGCUGUGUGUAAUAUGUUUAAGACUGAACUUACGAAAAUAGGAAUUAGUUAAAUAUGCUGAAAGUUCAGAUUAAUUGAUAUAUCUCAUUUAAGUGUGCUUUAUUUCAGAAUACAAUGAGUUGACAGAAGACAGUGUAAUCCUCAAAAAAUGUGACCAGCAUUCUGCAUGAUAAAAUAGGAAAACUGUGCUGUUUGGAUUUCAAGUAUAAUUAAGUUUUACAAUAAUUGCUUUAAAUGUCUUAAAAGUGUCAUGAGCAUUAUUGUUUUAUUUUUUAAUUAGAUCUAACUGAAAGUUUAAAUUGUCAAAAAUAAUACUUUGCCCAUUUAUAAUUUAUUAUAUAAAAUUUAAACUGAAUUUUUUAUAUAAAGUUAUAGAUAAGGGCUUUGAGACAGUAGGUCAGUGAUAGAGUAUUUAUCAACACUUGUGAUUCCUAGGUUGGAUUCAUAGCACCACCAAAACACACCGAAAAAUGGAGAAAUGGAGAAUCAAAGAUAGUAUUCAUUGUUAGGAAAAAAAAAGCAAAGACUUCUCUAAGUUUUAUGAAAAUCCAACCAGCGAGAUUUACCAAGAGCCAAAUUCAUGGAGAUAAACUAACCUGGCUUGAACAGGCCUAGUCUUGGGUGGGUGGAUGAAUGAGUUGUUUCAGUGUUCUCAGAGAAUAAAUACAGCACUUUCAGCACACAUGGGAGUAUUUUGCAAACUUUUUAUAUAGAGAUUGUGAGCUCCAGUUAAGUGUUCAUGAAAUGAUGUAAAUGUUAAGUCUAGCUGAACAAAUACUGAGUGCCUCAAAUGCAAGACUUCUUCACUAGGAAUGAAAUCACACUGUAUCUUCUGUUGUUAUAUGUGAACUUUUAUGUCUGGAAGGAAUACUUAUAUUUAAAUAUUUUCCUGUUAGUAAAGCUUAUUGUAUACUAUAAUAUAGUUAAUUUUGCAUUGCUUAAAAAUGAAGUUGAGCCCAUUUAUGGAAAUAAAGUUCUGCUAAAAUUAUUUAAUUAUUAGUUCUGAAGGAAGUUGACUUCAAGAUUCCGAUAUAUGAACAUUUAACUUUUCAGCCUUUAUUUAAUCAAUUGGUGUUUUGUGAUGAGAUACAUACUAUUUGUGUCUUGAUGUUGGAAAUAGAUUUUGUGUUUCAGCACGUUGAGUUUAAAUAAAAUUGUUACUUCUUAUUCAGAA